UUCUGUGGAACAGGGUGCAUUACAGGAUGUGAUGAGGUGAAUGAACCGUCUUGCUCUGGCUCGAGUAGCGAUACGCGGAUAAUUGGAUACUACUCGAGCUCGGCUUACACGCGCACGUGCAACUCCUGGAGUCCGGAGAACAUCGACCCGGGACUCUGGACACAUCUUAUCUAUGCAUUUGCGCUCAUUGGCUCCGACUAUAGAAUUGCGCAAGGGAAUUCGUUCGACACAGAACUAUAUCCCAGAUUCACCGGGCUUAAGCAGUCCCGUGCAGGUCUGAACACCCUGAUCUCGGUGGGGGGUUGGGAUGCUGGCGGAACGAUAUUUUCAGAUAUGGUCAGUACCUCAGCGACAAGAUCAACCUUUAUUAACUCGGUGAUUUCUUUCAUGGCGAGCUACGGCUUUGAUGGGAUUGAUCUGGACUGGGAAUAUCCAGCCGCAUCGGACAGAGGUGGUCUUGCGGCGGACACAGAAAAUUAUGUCGCUCUUGUCAAAGAGCUGAAGGCAGCUUGCGGGAAUAGAUAUACGGUUACGGUCACCUUGCCCUCCUCAUAUUGGUAUCUUCAAGGUUUUGACGUGUCGGGAAUGGAACCCUAUGUUGACUGGUUUCAUUUUAUGAGCUAUGAUAUCCAUGGCACGUGGGAUGGCAAUAGUCCUUAUACAAAGUCUGUCGUGCAGCCACACACAAAUUUGACCGAGAUCAAGGAAGGGCUCGAUCUACUCUGGCGCAAUGAAAUCGAUCCUCAGAAGGUAGUGCUCGGAGAAGCAUUCUACGGCCGGUCUUUCACUCUGUCUGAUACAUCUUGCACCGCCCCUGGAUGUCCGUUCAGUAGUGGUGGUGAUCCUGGGCAAUGCACAGCCACAUCCGGCAUCCUAUCAGAUGCGGAGAUUCAGGGGGUGAUUUCCGAGCAUGGCCUCACGCCGACCUUUGAUGAAGCAGCCGGGAUUAAAUACAUUGUUUGGAAUGAGAACCAAUGGGUAUCAUAUGACGAUUCGGAGACGCUUGAUCUUAAGAGGACAUUUGCGAACGAGAAAUGCUUAGGCGGACGCAUGGUCUGGUCAGUCGACAUGGACGACAAUACUUCCAAGCAAGCAUCCGUGAACUUGAAUGCAGCUGGACUAGAGCUGAUAGGGGACGACGUUUCUGCAAAUCCUGCUUUUGCAGUCAGAAAGCUGUCGGCAACGAGCUCCCAAAAUGCUGUCAACCUGGUUUCCUACUGGACUGACUGUGCUGCUGAGCCUCAGUGUAACGCAGGAUUUACGCUGUGGACAACGGGCCACGGAAAGGUGUACGAUGCCGACAAAGGUGUCUAUACGGGCGAUGGGUGUCACGGUGGAGGGAAAGGAUUCAAUCGCGGCCUCUGCGUGGAAUCCGAUGUUCAGGCAGUCAAUUGCCAGUGGUACGGAAAGGCUAAAGGC